AUGAUCGUGUGUGGUGUUUUUGUUCCUCAAUUGCAACACUACUUCACUGUUUCAUUCAUCUACGCUUUCAAUUGUCACAUUAAACGCAAGUUACUUUGGCAAGAGCAUGAUGAUCUUAGAGACUCUUCCCCCAUCUCUUCCCGUCCAUGGAUCCUUGUUGGAGACAUUAACCAAAUCCUCAGUCAACACGAGCACUCGUCAAUUCCCCAAACUCUCGCCCCUACUACCGGCAUGCAGGAGAUGCAGAGUUGUUUUGAAUACCUCGAUAUUCAAGAUAUUAGUGUCCGAUGUGCUCUUUACACUUGGAAAAACAACUGCCCUGAGAAGUUUGCGUGGAAAAACGCUUGCUUGUGGAAAAUGUUGUUCGAGCAACAGAGAUUCUCCACAACUCCCAUAAGGCCACGUCUACUUAAAGCGGUUGUCUCAAAAUUGAUCUGGCUAAAGCCUUUGAUAAUAUAA